UCUAGUGAUUGACUCAGUGUGGUCGAGGACAUUCGUGCUUGUGUCUUUAAAAAUCUUUUCUUUCCGUGUUUUUACGUCCUUCUUGGCGCCCAGUGAGGUUUUUUUCGCAGUAAGCUUGAAACGUCCAUCGUGUUCUUUGUCCUCCAGCAGACAGCCUGUCACAUUCACCCGGGAUGUGCGCCUAGAAGCUCGGCAGCAGCCUGAGGUGGCAGCCCGCAGACAUGAACAACAUCGGGGUGUCAUUCCUCGACCCUCUGAACGACUACGAGCUCAUCCACAGGAUUGGGUGCGGCACCUACGGGGAUGUCUUCAAGGCUCGCAACAUCCGCACGUCCCAACUAGCAGCCAUCAAGAUUGUCAAGCUGGACCCAGGUGAUGACAUCACGUCCAUCCAGCAGGAGAUUACCAUGAUGAAGGAGUGCAAGCAUAAAAACAUCGUGGCCUACUUUGGCAGCUACCACAGGAACACCAAACUGUGGAUUUGCAUGGAAUACUGCGGGGGAGGCUCCCUUCAGGAUAUUUACCACGUGACAGGCCCAUUGAAGGAGAAACAGAUCGCAUAUGUGUGCAGGGAGACCCUCCAGGGCUUGUAUCAUCUGCAUGAAACGGGCAAAAUGCAUCGAGACAUCAAGGGCGCCAACAUCCUUUUGACAGAGCGAGGAGACGUCAAACUGGCGGAUUUUGGCGUGGCUGCAGAGAUCAGCGCCUCUGUGGCCAAAAGGAAGUCUUUCAUAGGAACACCCUACUGGAUGGCUCCAGAGGUGGCAGCUGUGGAAAAGAAGGGCGGCUACAACCACCUGUGUGACAUUUGGGCCGUCGGUAUUACGGCCAUCGAGCUGGCUGAGCUCCAGCCCCCCAUGUUUGACCUCCACCCAAUGAGAGCUUUGAUGUUGAUGUCCAAGAGCAGUUUCCAACCCCCAAAGCUAAAGGAGAAAACUAAGUGGUCUUCAGCCUUCCAAAGCUUUGUAAAAAUGGCACUCAUCAAAAGCCCUCGUAAAAGGCCGUCCGCUGAGACGCUGCUACAGCAUCCGUUCGUGACACAGUUGUUGACGCGCAACCUGGUCAUUGAGCUGCUGGACAUGGCCAACAACCCCGAGCUGCACCCCUCACACGACAUGGACGACAACGAACUGGAGAUUGGGACAGAUGCUCCCGACAAGAUCCACUCUGCAGGAAAACACCUGCCUGUGGAGAGGACAGUGUCUGAAGAACAAUUUGAUCAAGUGAAAUUUGGCCCCCCACUGAGGAAAGUCACAGAACCCUACCCUGAUUUGCAAGGCUCUUAUGAUGACGACUGGAGUUUGUCUGGAGAUGAAGACGACUCGCCGAGCCUGUUGGAAUGUGUGGAGCAAGCUCUGCAGCUGAGGAGUUUAACCAUUAGGAGGGCGCCAUCUACUGAUGGAGGGAAGAGGAGCGGUUUAUUCAGUCCGACAACAGCCUCCCUGCCGGCCUUCUGCUCUCUCAGCAUCAACACAAGUGACAGAGAUACAACACAGAGGCCGACCUGUACGCUGGGUCCGGAUGCUUCUGCCACGUCGGACUCGACCUGCUCAUCAGCAGUUUUGGCGAGGUGCUCAGCCACACAGGACAUCAGGCAGCGUUGCAGUGACCCAUGUCUGCCUGUGGGGGACGCUGUGAUUGCCAGCACUCUUUGCUCCCCCAAAAAAGAGACACCACUCUCACCCGAAUGGAGCACGCUGAGAAAGAAGACUGAGGACUCUAGGGCUGAUUUUCAUGGACUUCCUCCUACCCCUCAAGUCCAUAUGGGGGCCUGCUUCUCCAAAGUCUUCAAUGGCUGCCCUCUUAAAAUCCACUGUGCUGUCACCUGGAUUUUUCCCAAAACGAGAGAUCAGUACCUUAUUCUUGGGACAGAGGAGGGAAUCUACACGCUCAACCUGAAUGAACUUCAUGAGGAUACGCUUGAGAAGCUGCUCCCUCAGCGUUGCACAUGGUUGUACGUUAUGAACAACGUGCUGAUGUCCGUAUCAGGGAAGUCUUCGCAGCUUUAUUCCCACAGUCUGACCGCUCUGUUCGAGCAGAAGGGACACUUACAGAAAAAAUACAGCAGUCUGUCGCUCGGCACAAGUCGUUUCACGGAGAGGAUUGGCACCAGGAAGUUUGCCUUAUCUGUGAAGAUCCCUGAUACUAAAGGCUGCAGGAGAUGUAGUGUAGCUAGAAACCCAUACACGGACAGUACUUUUUUAUGCGGAGCUGUUCCAUCCGGCCUAGUUCUACUUUUGUGGUAUGAGCCCCUCCAGAAGUUCAUGCAUCUAAAGCACAUAGCCACAAGGCUACCGGACUCUCUGCCAAUAUUUGAGCUGCUGGUGUUGGUCACCGAUGAGUUCCCCCAGUUGUGUGUCGGGGUGAGGGGCUGCACCAAUGGGAACCGCUUUACCGACCAGCAACUGAAGUUUGAUAUCAUAGAGCUGAAUGGCACACCCAUUUCAGAACCAGAAAAUGGUGCAGUCAAAGCAGUCCAGGUCAGCCAGUUGGACAGAGACACUGUUCUCAUUGCAUUAGAAAAAAGCGUAAAGAUUGUCAACCUGCAGGGCCUUCCGUCCAAAGAGUUUGCUGCUGAUAUGGGCUUUGACUUCCGCAUUGAAACAUUAGUUUGCUUGCAGGACAGCGUGCUAGCUUUCUGGAAGCACGGCCUUAAAGGGAAGAGUUUUCAUUCAAAUGAGAUCACACAAGAGAUUACAGAUGAGAGUCGAGUAUUCCGAGUUUUGGGAACAAACAGAGACAUCAUUCUACAGAGCACACCGACUGACGACCCGUCAGCUCUGAGCAACGUCUAUAUUCUGACUGGCCACGAGAGCAGCUAUUGACAGCAUGGAUGAGCUUGUCUUUCCAAAUCCCAGCAGGAAAAAGGAGGGCCAUUUGGGAUUUCAUGUGAAACAGAGAGACUCAUUGUACUGCAAACUCACAAACUCCUAGAUGAGCUACCAAGCAGAAAAAAGGCCAUUUUAAAUUAAAUUUCCCAGCUCAAAAAGAGUGAUAGGUAGGUGAAAGUAAAAUCAACAUAAUGAAUAUAAAAUGGAGAAAGACGAUAGUCUGUAGUAUCUGUGACAAUUUUCUACAGAGCUCAAUUUUAAUUCAACUUGAAUUUACUGCCUGUUGAUGUGUUGGUUGCUGUAUGAACCAUUAAUUUGCACCUGGAAAUUCAUCAAAACAACAAAGAAAAAUUGUUUUAUUUUUGAAUAAAAUAAGACCAGUGUGACAAGAAUUCGUCACAGAAAGAGUGCUGACAUGGCAUUCAGGAUUUAGUUAGUGCGCAGAAAUGUAAUCCACACGUUUGUUGUUUGUUCUUAAACCCGACUGGAUGUUAAUAGAUGCCUCCAGUGAGGCAGAUUCAAAGGUAAAUUAUGUUCUCUUGCUAAAAAUUACAUAACAACCACGUCAGUUGAAUACUUUGAAUGGGGACACAUUUUACUCACCACAUUCAUUGACAGUCUUUAGCAUUUUUAGGUCAUUAGACUGAAGUCCGAGUCAGGUUUUGAUUCACUGAUGUCAAAGUCCGAGUCGAGUUGCAAGUCGAGUCUAAAUUAAUCAAAAUUGUGACUGAAGUAUGACUUGAGUCCAAGUCGCGUCCACAUCUCAGCUAAUAGCACAUAUUUCCGCUUGACAAGCAAACCCAUUGUAAUAGAAUUCUCCCUACUGGGCAACAUGGACAGCUCGUGAAAGAUCAUAUAUGGCAUCACAAGAGAAUCUUUUUGAUUUUUUUAAUGUCAUUUACACUACAUUAAAAGUCCUUUUGUAUCAUAUUUAUAUUAUUUAUGGAAUAUGCACUGUACAGUUAAGGGUCACCUAUCCUUGAGAGAUACUUGAAAGACUGAUAGCUUUUGUUUUUAAAGUAAUUGUAUAAAAAUACAUUUGGUGUUCAUAACGUUUUUUACACUGUAUGCUCUCUUAAAGUGUCGGGAGAGUUUGUAUGUUAAGACUGUAGAAGAUUUAGAUAUACAUGAUGAUUAAUACUGAUGGACAUAACCAAAUAGUGUGUAUUCAGUCUCAAAUGAAAUAAAACGAGUUUAGCAAGC